CGCCCCAGACAGGCCUUGGCGGGGCACAGCCGUGAGCCUGGAACGCAGGAGCUCGGCUUUCCUGGGCUCUGUGGCUGACAGUGUGACCUUGGUCAAGUAUUGCCUGCUGGGCCUUAGUUUUUCUAUCUGCACUAGGGAUUUGGUGGGUAGGGGCAUGGUGGAAAGCGAAUUUAGUAAGCUCUAUAUCCCCUUCCCAGCUUUCACAUCUUGAGGCUUUGUGACUUUCUGGGGACGUGGGGACAUGGGAGAGUCCUUAAGGCAGUCCCCACAGGCCACUGCUCCACACAGGUUGUGACCAUGAACUCUUCUGGAGAAAGGAGGCAGGAAGCAGCAGGGCCAAGGGACAGAAGGGUUCACAGACGGGAACAGGACCGAGAUGUGCAUCUUUCCAAGGCUCUGUCCUAUGUGCUGCGCCAUGGGGCCUUGAAGCUGGGACUUCCCAUGGGAGCCGAUGGCUUCGUGCCCCUGGGUGCCCUCCUGCAGCUGCCCCAGUUCCAUAGCUUCUCAGUUGAAGAUGUGCAGCGUGUGGUGGACACUAAUGGGAAGCAGCGGUUUGCCCUGCAGCCAGGAGACCCCAGCACAGGCCCUCUCAUCCGGGCCAAUCAGGGCCACUCUCUGCAGGUACCUGAGCUGGAGCUGAUGCCCAUAGAGACACCACAAGCCCUGCCCCUGACGCUAGUCCAUGGCACAUUCUGGAAACACUGGCCAUCCAUCCUGCUAAAGGGCCUGUCCUGCUGUGGAAGGACACACAUCCACCUGGCCCCAGGGCUGCCUGGGGACCCUGGUGUCAUCAGUGGCAUGCGGCCAAACUGUGAAGUAGCUGUGUUCAUCAAUGGACCCCUGGCCCUGGCAGAUGGAAUACCCUUCUUCCACUCUGCCAAUGGGGUUAUCCUGACUCCAGGGAAUGCUGAUGGUGUCCUGCUUCCCAAAUACUUCAAAGAGGCCCUGCAGCUGUGCCCUACCCGUGAGAAACCCCUACACCCCAUUCUUUGUGUCUGAAGCCUGUGACUUUUGGGCUUCUUUCCCAGCCUCCAACACCAGGCUGACUUAGGUCUCCCUUUCUCUCUCUUAGGAAAGCCCCUCUCCUUGGCUGAUGAUAAAGACACAGAGGGUCAGAGGGGCCCCAAGCACAGCCCCAGAAGAAGAAAGA